CCCAGUUUCAGUGAACACGUACAGACGAGGAUUUGGACGCUCUGUGGAAAAUUGUUCAAAAUCAUUAUUCUUUCCAUUAUUGCGGGCAAGUUUUCGUCAAAAUAUGCAGUAAAGGUCUUCUACAACUGGCAGAUUGAAAAAUUACGGGGCAUUUUACGGUAAUUUUACCAAAAAGACAACGACAAUGCAGGGAAGACCGGACAACUGUGCAGCCGGGCCGAGUUUUACGUGGUGUGACGUAGAUUCAAGCUCAGAAGAGGAGCAAGUAAGCCUGCAAUUACUGGUUUUGACACAACAAGCGGCAAGGAGGGGGCAAGGAAUAUGCAUUGAGCAUUUUGAAGGAGACUCCCAGCUAAAAAGAAUAUUCAGCACCACUACAUCCCAGCCUUACAGUUGGUCCAACGUGUGCACAGCUACAAUGUAUCUCAUUGGCUGCAAACAGCAAGAACACUACCGAUGUGGCAUGGCAUUUGGAGGCAGAAUAUUGCGCUGCGUUUUGCAUAUCCUUUCAAGUUGACACUUGUUAAUGCAUCACUGGCAUGUUGUAUCCACAGUUUAUCCUUUCAUCACAAUUGUAAGCCUCUUAUUUGGAACACAAGUAAGGCCUAGGAAAAAUGUUGUGUUUCCUGUUGUUUCAGUCCAGAAAAAAAUAGGGUCAGUAGGUAGGUAGUAAAGUAGGUAGUUAUCUUUUUUUAGACUUUGGCAAUCUCUACAUAAGUGAUCCAAUUAAUACCAAGGAGAAUAGAAUAUACCAGUUGGGUACCAUUAUCAUUGCUUCAUAACUUUAUUGCAUGCAAAAGUGUCCUGUUGACUGCCAUUUGUGUCACAUAAUUAUUUUUGCAACCUAAACCUCAUAUUAGCUUUCAACAGUCACUGCUGCUGA